AUGCCGCCGCCGGACGUGGAUGAGCUAUCGUUUACGUUCGCUCAACUCAGGCUCCGCUCGGCACCCUCGCCUCCAACUCGACCGCUUCCACCACCGCGUCGUCCGCCUUCAGUCGUUCGCAAAGGCCUCAACGACCUUCCCUCCGAGCUUCUUCACCUCACCUGCAAUUACCUCGACAUCGUGGACCUUAAGUCCUUUAGGUUGACAAACACACGAUUCUGCGACAUUGGCAUCAGCCACCUCUUCUGCGAGGCACGUCUCUGUGCUGACCUGACGAGCUUGAAGCGCCUCGAAAAUGUCGCCACCCAUCCAGUUGCGAAGUAUGUCAAGUCGCUUGACUGCGUCGGUUACGAGAAGGACAAUGGCUUUGGAGCCGAAUUAAACAGAAUGGCAGACUUUCAAUACGGUCGAAGAUUCAUCCUUGCGGCAACUGAGGGAGCUUCUUAUGGAGACAUCAUGGUCCUAAUGCAGGCAUGGAUUAAAAAGUGUGGAUACGCUUCAGAGACUAAGGACGAACCGCCUCGCUUAUCACUUAUCUUGAAGCUUCUAGUCGCCCUUGAGUCGGUCAAAUGCUCACUUAAUCCUCCGGAUACGCCGCUAUGGACCUCAGGCACAGGGAUUCGUUGUCCCCUUGGACCCGCUUUCUAUUUCUUUAGUGGUGUAUUGAAAGCAUGCCACCUGGCUGAUGUGGCCCUGAAGACGCUAGAUGUUUCACACGUCCAUGAAACAAUCCUAUACGAGUUGGGUACUCGGCGCGCAUUGCGUGCCUUCGUCAAAUUUAUGCGGUUCCAACAGCCAGCUAGCGGAUAUGGAAUUCCGAGCAUGCUGAUGAAUCUUCCGAGCCUGAAGCUCCGUGUGUGCUCUUUCUGCUCAAGCGAUCCAGACACUCUAAGACAAGCACGCCAAAUGUUCGCCGACUCUCUCCACAAUAUGCCAAAACUCCAGAUUCUCGACCUCUCUUUUGUCGACAAGCCGGUCUUUCUAAGCAGUAUACUUGAGGAGUCUGUAUGGCCAGACCUUGAGUCGUUGUCGCUUAGCUUCGUCGGCAUCCAUGAAUCGCACUUCAUGUCUUUUCUUGAGAAGCACACACCCUCUUUAAAGGCCCUCGAGCUAGACAACAUCAUCCUCGUUGGCAGUUCCGGAAAGGCUAUACUUCGACCGCUCCGGGACUGGGUUUUGCGCAGCAAUCUAGAGUUUUUUUCUAUCACAGGAUCCCUGCAGGAGAUUGAGUCUAAGCAUGGUGUGGACGAGAAUGAGAGCGCCUUCCAACAAUAUUGCAGCCUCGCCGACUGGAAGCCGAACAGCAAUGGAAUCAACCUGGAAGUGCUGAAAUAUCUGACAUAUGGUGGAAGGGACUUGGCACACGAUGCCCAAGCGUCGCAAGUGGCACUCACAGGGGUAAAUGACGCUAUAUACGAAUCCGAUGACUAUGUAUCGGAAGAGCGUACCGUGUUCGAGGGGAUUCGUUGGCCAUGA